AUGAGAGCUGAAAACCCCGGCGUAGUUGUACCAAUGCAUAGCACGCAAUCUCCCUCGGGCAUCUGGGACAAGGCGGAAACACAUGUUCUUCAGGAUGACUUCGCUGUCAAAGUGAAUAAGAAUUCCCCGGCCGACGUUUCGCGGACGGCAAUCGUGGAGUUUGUCACCGCGUUGGGUCUUGAAAUCAUUCCCACAUAUCAGCCCGACAUUGAACUGAGGCAAAAGAUCGAGGAGACGACUCGUCUAUGGGAAGAUGAAGAGGCCCUGCGUCCCUUCAUUGUUUCAGCAAUUUUCCUCACGGAAACGGGAUACGGCCAUAUACUCGACAACAACGUGAAAGUUAUCAUCGCCCUUUAUACUGCAUUGAUUUUAAUCAUGGACAGUCCAGCCAUCGCCGAGGCGAACAACGCGAUCGGCAUUCCUCAAGGACUAUGUCAAGGAUCCAUCCAUGCCACACCCGGACUAAUUGGGACGCUUGCAAAACUCGCGAAAGAUUCAUGGGACUAUUUUGUUCCGUUUGCAGCAGGCAGUAUUGUUAUCAGCAUUUUGGAUCACGUCAACGGGGAAAUGCUCGAGAGGUUGGGGGACACCGACUCGGAUGCUUUGACUUCCUACCCCUUCGUCAAAUAUCGCCGAAUGCUCAGCGGACUCCCCGACGCAUUUUCCUGCUUUAUUUGGGAAAAGAGUAGGUUUCCUGAUGUCAACGCCUACCUGCUAGCCAUCCCGGCUGCAAAUCUGGUCUUGACCUAUAUCAAUGAUAUAUUAUCUCUUUACAAGGAGGAGCUAGCAGGGGAAACAACUUACAUCCACGAUCGAGCACGCACAACGGGAAAGCCGACUUUAGAAGCUCUUAGAGACGUAGCUCAAGAGACAGUAGCUGCCGUUGAGCAAGUGAGAGCUCUCCUUGGAGAAGGGGAUGCAAGAGAUGCAUGGGACAGCUGUGUACAAGGAUUUGUUGGCUAUCAUAUUGCCAACCCGCGCUACCGCUUGAAAGAGGUUUUGGGCGGGGAGUAUUUCAUAGAUCUCAUGAAGUACUGA